ACCAAGACAGGAACACACCAAAACAGAAGCAGGAAGGAGAGAGAGAGAGACAAAACUUGAACUUUAAAACUGUAUUAACUUCCAGACAAUUUGAGAGAUCUGGUGACAAGUUCUAUACGUAUGGUAUCUCUUUAAAAUCAUCCUUUUCAGAGUGUUUUCCAGUCAAGCUUCGCAUUAUCGCACCAAAGACAACUGGGGACCAAGAAGUCGGGAUGAGAUCCACAGUCCUCGCUCUCCUUGUUUUGGGGACUUGUGCCCUGGGUGGGUGGAGUGCCCCGCUCAAAUCCGUUUUUGUUACCUUCCCCGGAGACAUACUCAAAAACAGGACUGAUGCCGAGAUGGCAGACGAUUACCUGCGGCGGUUCGGCUACAUGAACGUGCAGCAUCGUAGCGGCCUGCUGCCUGCCAUGUCCACGUCCAAGGCCCUGAAGAGGCUCCAGAGGCAGCUGGGCCUGGAAGAGACCGGACAGCUGGACCAGCCCACGGUCACCGCCAUGAAGCAGCCCCGCUGCGGAGUCCCUGACAUCCGUAACUACCAGACCUUCGCCGGGGACCUCAAAUGGGACCACAACGACGUUACUUACAGGAUCAUGAACUACUCCCCAGACAUGGAAGCCUCUGUGACUGACGAUGCGUUCGCACGGGCGUUCAAAGUGUGGAGCGAAGUCACCCCACUGACAUUCACACGCCUCUACGACGGGACUGCUGACAUCAUGGUGUCAUUCGGGAAAGCAGAUCACGGAGACCCCUACCCUUUCGAUGGCAAAGAUGGACUGCUGGCUCAUGCCUACCCCCCGGGCCAGGGGCUGCAGGGAGACGCCCAUUUCGACGAUGACGAAUUCUGGACCCUGGGGAAAGGCCCAGUGGUGACGACCCGCUUUGGCAACGCUGAGGGUGCGAUGUGUCACUUCCCGUUUGUGUUCGAGGGGAAGUCUUACUCCACCUGCACCACCGAGGGGCGCUCUGACAACAUGCCCUGGUGUGCCACCACAGCGGACUACGGCAGGGACCAGAAAUACGGCUUCUGUCCCAGUGAACUUCUGUACACGUUCGCCGGUAACAGCGACGGGGACAAGUGCGUGUUCCCCUUCGUGUUCCUGGGGGAAAGCUAUGACAGCUGCACCACAGAAGGCCGCAGCGAUGGGUACCGCUGGUGUGCCACCACCGACAACUUCGACCAGGACAAGAGAUACGGCUUCUGCCCAAACCGAGAUACGGCAGUGACAGGUGGGAACUCUGAGGGAGAGCCCUGCCAGUUCCCCUUCACAUUCCUGGGAGCAAGAUACGAUUCCUGCACCAGCGAGGGCCGCGGAGACGGAAAACUGUGGUGCGCAACAACCAGCGACUACGACCGCGACAAGAAGUGGGGUUUCUGCCCCGACAAGGGGUACAGCCUGUUCCUGGUGGCAGCUCAUGAGUUUGGACACGCUUUGGGUCUGGAACAUUCCAACAUUCAGGAGGCACUCAUGUUCCCCAUGUACAGCUAUGUGGAGAACUUUUCCCUCCAUCAGGAUGAUGUUGAUGGCAUCCAGUAUCUCUAUGGCCCAAAACCUGGCCCUGACCCUGGUCCUCCUAAGCCUACCAGCGUCGUCACUGACCCUACCCCCACCGAGGAGACGACACCCCAGACCACUACCUCUACACCCAUUACUGUGAACCCAUCCAUGGACGCAUGCCAUAUGGACAAAUUUGAUGCCAUUACUCUGAUCCAGCAGGAGCUGCACUUCUUCAAGGACGGACAUUACUGGAAGGCGUCCCCGAAGAACGGGAUCAGGGGUCCUUUCCGCACCUCAGAGAGGUGGCCUGCCCUGCCCUCCACCAUCGACUCCGCCUUCGAAGAUCUGCUCACCAAGAAAGUCUACUUCUUCUCAGGCCGCCGGGUGUGGGUGUACACUGGGAAAAGCGUGCUGGGGCCCCGCAGCCUGGAGAAGCUGGGCCUGCCAGGCAGCCUGGAGCGUGUGGAGGGAUCCCUGCAGCGGGGGAAGGGCAAGGUUCUGCUCUUCAGCGGAGAGAACUACUGGAGGCUGGACGUAAAAGCGCAGACCAUUGACAAGGGCUACCCGCGCUACGUGGACCAGGUCUUCGGAGGUGUACCCAUCGACUCUCAUGAUGUCUUCCAGUAUAAAGGACACACCUACUUCUGCCGCGAUCGUUUCUAUUGGAGGCUGAACUCCCGAAGGCAGGUCGACCGGGUCGGCUAUGUCAAGUAUGACCUCCUGAAGUGUUCCGACCCGUCCCACCGCCGUUACUGAGGAACAUUUCUUUGCAGACGUCCUCAGAAUAAUGAAUUUGCGGCAAGCAUUUUGUUACCCCUGUGGGAUUUAACUCUUUUGUCGAAAAGAGUUACAUUUUUCAGCUGAGAAGCCCGACGAGAGGGUUUGAGAAGGACACGUUGCACCUGCAAUUCUGAAAGGUUUAAUAAUCGACUUUGAUCAUAUGACAUGGGGAUAUUUGUCCUCGUUCACAAGGCUCUUUCAGAACAUAGCACUUGAAUUUCGUAAAAUGGUUUUUUAAAAAAAACUGUUCUAUAAAAGUCUGUGCAUGUGCCACUUUGAAAGUCUCAGUGACACACUAAUACAUAAAUAUUUUUUGCACAAUGAUGUACCACUGUGAUGUACAACAGUGGGCCAUUGCCAGAACAACCAGCCUCUUUGGCUGGUCAUAAAAGCAAUAUGCUGUAAUAUAAGUGAAUGAACUCUGUUCUCACAUCCUACCUUAUCUGAUUUAUCACAAUAAUUAAUUAUAAAUUAUGUAAGUGUCCAAAUAAGUGUCUUUGGGUGAAACACAAAGACAAAAGAGUAACAAAACAAAUCGCUUCAAAUCUGUGAAUAACAAAUUUGCACUCAUGUUGCAAAUUAUUGAUCUUUCUGUCAUGUGCAUUUUCACCAGUGGUGAGAAAGUUAAAUCAGCUGUGUAAUAAUUCAAUACAAAAAUGUGUGCCUACAUAUUGUUUAAUAAUUCCUGCUGAAAUUAAAGUUUCUGAUUUAGCAGACCGAAUUAUCGGUCUAUUUUUUUUACUGCUUUUAUCCCGUUUGCCUGGAGCAAACUCUAAGUAAUUUGUGUCUGCUUUGAAAGCCUUGACUAUUUAAAUUGUUUAUUUUUUAUUUGAGUUUUAACAUAUGCAUUUUUAUUCUUGGUAUGCUUAUGAAAAUGCCUCAAUGCACUGGAAGGCAUGUUAAAAUCUCAGUCCAAUAUUAAGUUAUUUCAUAGCUCAAGGGAAAUAUUGUCAAUUUGUAGAACUGCAAUAAACAAACUAUUACAAUUCCUCAUA